CAUUCCAGAGUUAUUAAUGUUUAAAGUGAGAGUGGUCAGAAUUGCAAAAAAAUGGCCGAGUCCUUAAGGUGAAAAAGGGCUCAGUCCUUAAGGGGUUAAACAGGAUGCAACAGUGGUGCCUGAGGUGAUAGGUGAUGCUUUAGUAAACCAGUUUUCCUGUGGAAGACAGAACAAAUUCUCCAUAAUAGAUGGAUGUAGUGAUUUAUUUUUUUUAUUUUUUAUUAAACAAUUGACAAUGAAAAAUAGUUUUGGGUUCACACCUUUAUGGACUAAUAAUAAAUUUAAAGAAUUGGUUGAUUGUGAGUCAACUUUUUGGGAUAGUAAGGGUAUAAAACGACUGGAACAAAUAUUCGAUAACGGACAACUUUUUUCAUUUGAUCACAUAAAAAGGGUGUAUGAUAUUAAUGAUAAUGACUGGCUGUAUUACUGGCAGGUUAGUCAUGCAGUCCAUAACACGAUAGAUAAAGAGAUAUAUGUAACACAGAAACACAAUUUUAUAGAAGCACUAAUUCAAAUAGAGCACUUAAAAAAAAAAGGAAUUUCAAUUUUGUAUAAGAAAUUAAAUAAGGUUAUUGGAAUAAGGGGGAUUGAUAGAAUUAAAGAAAAAUGGUCUCGGACAGUGGGUACUGUGUCUGAAGAUGAUUGGGACACUAUGGGCCAAAAUAUAAGUAAGGUUUCCCGUAAUAUGGAAUAUAAAAUUACACAAUUUAAGAUAUUACACAGGACCCACUACUCCGCGCUUCAUUUAUAUAGGAUGGUAGUGAAGACUACGUCACAAUGUGUUAAAUGUGGUUUGGAUGAAGCGGAUUAUCUACAUAGUUUUUGGUCAUGUGAGAAGAUAUCGGUUUUCUGGGAAUCUGUAAUAAAAGAGAUCUGCAUUGCAGGAGAAAAAAAUUGACAAUGGCUUCUUCAUGUGUGUUCUGUGCUGAAACUGUAUUGAGCACCUGGACAAGCAUUAGCCCCAUUGAAUAGGAUUUAAGCUAUGCCAAGAUACCAGAAAUCUGAGAAUAUGGCUUGGUUAUUGGACAUAUUAAACUUCAAUUUGGAAUGAUUGGCUGCAAUGCUCAGCACUAUCACUAGGUAUCAGUAAACUUUUCACAGACAUACACGAUAAUAACAUAAUAUAUUAUGAUGUUAAUUUCUAUAGUACUUCAUACUAUGGCGACGCUCACUUCACUUUGUGCCUCUGUGGCACGGAUAAGAUUUCUGAAGAUCAAAUCGGCGGCAAUCGUAUCUGUGCACGGAUGGUUCACUCAUAUGCGGGACAUCGCUGCAGUCAGUGAUUGGAUGAGGGGCAGUGUAACACUCUGGGCCCCGACAUAACUACAGGCCCAGGCGUCACAAUUUCUGAGAGGAAGAGGAUUGCAGCCAGGGACCAGAGCGAGACACCUGAGGCACCGCUGAAGCACUGGAGGUAAGUAUUUUUAUUUUUUAAAUGUAUAAACUGUUAAUUGGGCAAAGUUAUAAAAUAUCCCUCCCUUUGGAUAACCUCUUGAAGUUUUAGUCCCAAGUCGGAGAUGCUUGGAAAAUGACCUGAUAGUAGUCACCAGCUGACUACAAUUGGGUCUGUGCGGGCCACAGGGGUGAAUGCGUCUGUGCCUGUACUGUGCACAGACACGAUUGAGCUUUAGAAAUGGUAUCUGUGCCAAGGAACCACUAAUCAUAAUGUGAAUGCGCCCUAAUUUGCAGAAAACUACUGUGGCUGUUUAACUAUUUACAUGCUGAUAAAUAGCGCUAUACAUCUUUAAAGGGGUACUUCAGCAUUUAAAAAUAUAUCCUCUAUCCAAAAGGAAGAGGAUAAGUGUUCGAUGGUGGGGGGACAUCACCCACGUGAUGUCCAGAAUGGGGCCCCAUAUCUCCCUGCUGCAUAGAGCGCUGUUCUCAGG